UUUCCACUGUUUCAACUGAAUUAUCACAAACAAAUAAUUCUCAAAAAAUGAUAACAAGCACUACAAAGUCUUCUAUAUCUGCACCAAUAAGUAAGACUACUACCACUAAAGAAACAAUUGGCGCCCUUCCUGGAAUAUUAAUUGGUGGUGCUGCAGCAUGUGCUGCAGUUACAUUUACAAAUCCGUGGGAGGUAGUGAAAACUCGGUUACAACUUCAAGGUGAAUUAGCUCGAAGUAAUUCCAAUUAUGUAAAACCUUAUAAAAAUGUAUUUCAAGCAGUCUAUUACAUAAUCAAGCAUGAAGGAAUUUUCAGCAUUAACAAGGGUUUAGCUUAUGCAUAUCAAAUUUUGAUGAAUGGAUCACGUCUUGGUCUUUACGAUCCAAUUCGAAACUCUCUUGUUUCAACUUUUGGUACCUCAAGCACUUCGUUACCAAUUAGCAUUGUUUCUGGAGGUCUUUCUGGUGUUAUUGGUGCUUUUAUAGGCUCUCCUUUAUAUUUGGUCAAAACUCGUAUGCAAUCUUUUUCAACUCAUAUGGCAGUUGGGCAUCAACAUAAUUACAAAAACACUUUUAGUGCUUUAACACAAAUAUGGAAGUCAGAUGGUAUAAAAGGGAUAUAUACAGGUGUUAAUGCGGCAAUGAUAAGAACUGGAGUUGGUUCUGCGACCCAAUUAUCAAGUUAUUUUUAUAUAAAACGAUGGAUAAUUACAAAGAUUGGGAUGGAUGAUAAUGAUAUUGUAUUGCAUAGUCUUGCAAGUAUGAUAACGGGACUUUGUGUUUGCGCAACUAUGAAUCCAUUUGAUGUUAUUAGCACACGUAUGUAUAACCAAAAAACGGAUAUUGGCGGAAAAGGAAG